AUGGCGCUUGAUCCGGGAUCUGGCGCCAUUGCAGGCUCCCCAGAAAGCUCCGGUCGAGUUUCCCCAAUCCCUCGACAGUGGAGGAAUCGGUUGGGAGGAGAAGAAAUCCCCAUAAAGGACAAAGCUUACCGUAGGUAUGCGACAAGCAUCGAGAAAUCGUUGUCACUGUUCGAAACGGCUCUGGAAGAAUGGGCCGACUAUAUUUCCUUCCUGAACAAGCUACUUAAGGCGCUUCAAUCCCGGCCGACUUCUUUCGACCUGAUUCCGGCCAAGGCCAUGGUGGCUAAAUGUCUAUCGCAAUGCUUGAACCCGGCCCUGCCGUCUGGCGUUCAUCAAAAGGCCUUGGAAGUGUAUAGCUGCAUUUUUGCGAUCAUUGGCAAAGAAGGCCUAUCCCGGGACCUACCACUUUAUUUUCCUGGUCUCGCAUCUACUCUGUCAUUUGCUUCGCUCUCGGUCCGAUCACCGUAUCUUGAUAUCUUGGAAACCUAUUUUCUUGACCUUGACUCAAGAUCUCUUCUCCCCGCCAUGAAAUCCUUGGUUCUCGCCUUGCUUCCAGGCCUAGAAGAUGAAACCAGCGAAGAUUUUGACAGAACAUUGCGCUUAGUUACUCGGUUCAAAGAAGCGAUACGACCUCAUCCGACCGAGGAACUUGGAGCCAGCCACACUUCUGGAGACGCCUUCUUUUGGCAAUGCUUCUUUCUGGCCUCAAUUACCAGCCAUGGUCGUAGGUCUGGAGCCUUGGCUUAUCUCGUGCGCCAUCUGCCAUCGCUUGGACCUGUCGGUAGCUCCGAGACCGGUCGUAAUGAUACGAAAUUGAAGCUGUAUGAUGUCGUGACAUCCCCCGAACCUGGUCUCUUAGUUCGAUGUUUCGCCAGCGGUUUGGCAGAUGAACACCUACUGAUUCAACGCGGAUUUCUCGAUCUUCUCGUCUCACAUUUGCCACUCAAUUCCGUUGUGCUUCAGACUCGAGUCAAACCCGCUGACCUCGAGCUUUUGAUCAAAGCUGCUGUGGGAGUCGUUACAAGGAGAGACAUGAGCUUGAAUCGCCGCCUGUGGGCAUGGUUGUUGGGGCCUGAGGUGACUGUGUCCGAUGGAGAUCCAAACGAGCAGAAUCAGGCGUACCCUUCUUCUCGAACCACAUACUUCGAGGAGUAUGGGCUUCAGCCUCUUACCAGAGCUCUACUCGACAUGAUCAAUGACUCUUCGUUCGCAAACAAUGCAGAGAGGGCCCGACCCUACAGGAUAUGCCUCUCUUUGAUGGACAGAUGGGAGAUAGGUGGCCUCGUGGUACCGGAGGUGUUUAUUCCCGUGGUUAGUAGCGUGCGAAAGUUUCGGGCACAGUCCCCCUCCAAGUCAGCCUUCCUUGAGGUUUUUCGCAGUGCAAGUGUGUUUUUUGACGGCAUCGAAAGUGGGCUUAUCUACGGAGAGAUUCUCAGCUUGCUUGAGAAGGCCAUCGGCCCCGGCAGUCUGAAUGCUGAGGGCCGUAGGGAAAUACUUGACUUGAUCAGUUUCGUCAUCUCAAAUUUCAAUAUCCGAGAGGAGGAAAUGAUAACAACUCACACCCCACUGGCAUGUCUGGCUGCACUGUGCAUGCUGGAUGGCUUUAAAGAUCGAUCUACCAAGACGUCCUUGACAGAAACUGAGUCCACUUUACUCGGAGAAGAGGUUCUCGCCGUUAUUGUCUCUCUUCUAGAUUUGGUUCCAGAUCGAGCUUUCCCUCAACGUCCUGAAGACAGCGGCGAUAAGAGCGAUUCCACGGACCCAAUACCCCCCUCAGACAUGGAAGUCUUGAAAAAGAUUCGUACUUUUUAUGUCCAAGAACAGGGUAAUUUAGAGUCUUCAGUGCCGCCAUUGACAGCAGUUGAGGCAGGAGAAAUGCUACUGGACAUGGCUGUCAAAAACACCUGCGAUGAUAUAUCGACAGAGAUCAUCUCCUCAUGUGAUAUCACCACCCGCGUUCGAAUUUUGUGUUUGAUUUUGUCCAAAACGCCUGCAAGUUACAAGCUGAACGUCGAGAGACUGGUGACUUACGUUCAUGACAAGCUGACCGAAAAUGCACCAAUGCCUUUUCCCUACUUCUCGUCCCUAUUGCAGUGUUUAAUACAACUACACGCCGCAAAAAGAAUUGACAAUGGCCGACUUUCAGACCUUGUUACCCCGUUUGUUCGUCAUUCGUGGUCUUAUCUGUCAGCUUCGGAACCCAAGUACCAUGUCGAAACUGUACGAUGCCUAUGGCAGCUGCAGACCGCACUUACACUUGCUGGUCACGACAUUGAAGCUGCGCUCUCAGCCAUCUUGGUUCGAUGGGGCUCGGAUCCUCAGGGGUCAAGCUAUUAUGCUGAAGAUGCACGAACGUUUGGCGUCCUGUGGUCGCACACUCUUCAGGAUGCCUCCUCUGAGCGCAGGGCCUCCAAGGCUCAGCCGUUCGAUCCGCGAUGUGCCCUUCGGCUGUCCGGGAUGGACCACUACCAAGUGAUGCUUGGUCGACCAACAUUUCUAGUUUUGGACGCCCUGCUUGACGACAGAACCCAGUCAUAUAUGAUGGUUAAAUCAUGGCUGAACAGCACUAUUGGUCUUGAUAGGCUUUUCAUCUUGUUCGUAGUCAAAUUGGCGCAGUUACCCUUUCUUAACGAUACCACGAUGCAACGAGCCAACGACAAAAUCAGCCCUUGCCAUACCGAGUUCACCGAGGACGAUGAUCUGGAUCUGUGUCUCUACUACCUGCGCACAUUGCACAAUGUUCUUCAAUGCUCAGGUGACGUGUCGCGGGCCAUUAUAGCGUCAAAAUAUGUAGCAUUCAAUGGAAGUUUGGCCCAUAUUCGAGGCGGGCCGGAAGACGACGAAAUGACGUUGCAAGAUUUCUUUAUCCGGGUUUGCAUGAGAUGCAUUGUUGGAGAACUUCCGCGACUUGCCACCAUCGAGUUGGAGGAACGCGCGUCUCGAUUACAGUCAUACGCUUUAACUAUGCUUCAUCAGUUCUUGUCAAGCCGAUUUGCCACUACUUCGCUAUCUGGCCUGGAGUUGGAUAUCAUUCUUAUCGAUAGACUCUCGACAUCUAUCGUGCCAUCUAAUCCUUAUGUUCAGGUACUACUUCUUGACGCCGUUUACGAUGCUCUCAAACUCCGAGACGUGGCCUUCCAUGAGGGCCAAACAUUGCAGAUCCCUGACGGACAGCUUCCCAGCACUGACAGCACCCGAGCGGGGCCAUCGUCGCCCACAAUCAAUGAGGCGCGGCCUGCACCGCUUGCAAUGCCGGCUUCUCUGCUGGGAUGCCUACAAACCGCGCUUAGCUCACCAAAUAGUCAACCGGUGCUCGACAGUUGGAUAACCUUUUUGAGCAACGUGAUUGCUCUCUAUUCUCAAAGCAUCUUCCAAGUUGCCAUUCCUCUCGUUGAGACACUCUGUAAUCACAUCGACUCUACCUUUGUAACCCUCCGUGACAAAUUCGGUUCUGAGACAGCUGACAAGACUGCUACCGGAAAUACUCCUGAGUCGACUUUGAUUUAUCUCUUGAACGGCUUGGAACAGGUUCUCGCAUUCGCACAUGAUCGACUGCUUGCCGAAGAAGCCCACGAUCAGGUGAUGAAAGGCCCAGAGCAACCACAGUCUCUGUUUGGAAGCAUGGUUUCGGGCGUCUUUCAGUCUGAGGGCCCUCAAUCUCGAAGCGCAACAGCAAACGAUCGGCUAACGGUUCACUUGGCCUUCCAAGACGCCAUGCGGAUCUGUUACAGAAUUUGGUCUUGGGGUCAGGGAGGAGACUCCAAGAAGCAAGAUGCUGUGUCGUCCGCAUCCUUCAGCUAUACAUCCUUGCGCAUGAGGAAUCGUGCCCGAAGGUUGAUGGAGCACCUCUUUACCGCGGAGAUUUUGGAAUGUUUGGAGACAGUAAUUGAUAUUUGGCGAGCUUGGGGAACAGAGUCUGGGAAGAUCCAAGUGCUCAACUUCUUGUCCUCACUCGAUGCUUGUCGUCCACGGCAUUGUGUUCCUGCCUUGUUCAACUCCAUUUACAGUCGCACCAAUCCAAGUGCUUUGGACCCCUCACGAAAAUCUACACUGACCAUCUCGCUGCAAGAUUCUGACCUCGUCUUAUUUCUCGUCGAAUACAGCCGAUCCUUGGAGGACGACGCCAUGGAUGAGAUUUGGUCAGACUGCGUGGCAUUUCUCAAGGACAUUCUCAGCAACCCGUUCCCUCACCGUCAAAUACUGCCUGGCCUCUUGGAAUUUGCCGGUAUUUUGGGCGAGAAGGUGGACAAUACCAACUUUGGUGAACAGAGGCGCAUGCGCCGCGAGUUGGGCGACCUGUUCCUGCGACUAUUGGCUGCUCUAUUCACCACGCGACCCCUGAAUUUCACGGAGUCGACAGUUGCAUAUGAUGCACCGGAAAGGCCGAGCAAACCCGAAGGCUCCACGCGUCAAGCCAUGGUGAUGGAAGGCCCUGACGACGUUGUCUCUGUCCUAGCCUCAGUGGUUCCCAAACUGCCCAAGAUUCUGCUGGAGCCAGACCGUGUCCUCUCUGCAGCCAGCACCAUCUCGGCGAAUGCGGUUGGCCCGACGUUGCGAUCGAAAUCUUUUCCGCUUACAUUCUCUUUCAACACCUUGAGGUUGUUUCAUGAACUGUCAAGACUCCAGAACAACCACAAGACCUGGAGGAAAGAUGUAGCAGACGCCUUUAAUGACAACCGCUUCUUCGGAAUGAAUCUAGAGUUGGUCAAAACCGGAUGGUUGCCGCUGCUGAAGAAUUGGAUACUCUCAGACAAGGAUCGGAUGCUGGAGAUUGUCGCCCGAAUCAGCCCGCCAACCACGGCCGGCAUCGUGUUCGGCGUUGGCGCUACAUCGGCAAGACUGGAAGCCGAUAGGAAGAUGCAGCUCAACCUGCGCCGUAUUGCGACUUUGAUUCUAGCAGCCGCAGACGACAAUUUUGUUGCCGAGCUGCCAGCCAUUUUCGAUAAGCUGGUCGAGCUUCUGAACGCGACCUCUACAUCAUCCCCAUCGUCUGCAACUCGGGCCGACGUCUACAUGGUCCUUCGUGCGCUGGUCCUCAAAAGCAGCCCCAUCCACAUGGCCAUGUUUUGGCCAGUGGUUAACGCCGAGAUGCACGCCGCCAUCUCAUCCGUCGUUGCGCCUGAUCACAGCACAGCGUCGGACACGUAUCUCACUACUGGUAUCUUGCAGGCUUGCAAGUUGCUCGACCUGCUCCUCUGUAUUGCUCCGGACGACUUUCAGCUGCAUGAGUGGCUGUUCAUCACAGAUACUGUUGAAGCGAUUUAUCGGUCCUCCACGUACCAACCCGUCGCGAUAGUCGACGAGCUUUCCGAGGAACUUGGCAGCUGCGGCGGAGCGUCACUACCAUCCGAAACCGAAGCGCAUGUAGCGGCGGGCAAGUCGUGCCGACGCCCACUGUUGGGCACCGGCGGCAUCAACGACCAUGUCAACCUAGAAAGGAAGGAUGAACUUGUCGCCAAGGUACUGCGGCCAUUUUUCGGGCAACUGAGCAUCUAUGCCUUUGAAUCUACCUAUGCCAUGCGCUCUCUGGACAGCGACGCAUGUAUUGAUGGGCUGCUGAAAGACUUGUUUGAUGAGAGAACCAUGGUCAAGGCGCUGUGA